AGGUGUCGAUGCCGCGUCUCACAAGGAUACUUGCGCUCUUGGCUACCAGCGUGGUCGCCGAUGCCUUCUUGACGUCAGCGCCUGUCGGUCUGCAAGCAGCUUCGAAGAAGGCGUCACUGCCCAGGUUUGACCAGCGCAGGAGGGAUUGCUCUCCUCGAAUGGCCAAGACCUUCGGCCCGACCGACUUCAAGGUCAACUGGAUGCAGCCAAACGCUCAGGGCUCCUUCGGCAAGGUCUUCUUCGCGUCUCAAGGGUUCGCCGGCAUGGGAGGACAGGUCGUCAUCAAGUGCCCUGUCAACCAGAAGUUCGCUAUGUCGACAUUUGAGACUGAGAUGCUGGUGAACGAGAAGCUGGACAAGUCCUUCCCGAACCCACGAUGGGCCAAGUUUCUCGGGAGGAUCGAGCUGGACGCAUCCCAGAUCCCUGCAGACAUGGGAUCUGUGGGUAUCGUCUUCAAGAAGGAGAACGGGGAGACGUUGGAAGACCUGUUGCUGUCCAAACAGAAUGUCGCGGGCAAGGUUGGGUGCAAGUCAGAAUCAGGCGUCAGACCUGAGCUCUGCAAGAAAGUCAUGAAAGAACUUCUCCAGACGUGUGUACAGCUGCAUUCUGUUGGGGUCAUGCAUCGGGACAUCAAGCCAGAGAACAUCCUCGUGUCGGGGUCGCAGCUGAAGCUCCUCGACUUCGGGUCCUCCUGUGACGUUCAGGCGAACAUCGGCAUCAACGACGUCUCCCUCGACCCCAUCUACGCCCCCCCCGAGAAGAGGAUCCAACCCCAGCAGCCGGGGAAGUUCGACGUGUACUGCGUGGCCAUGACAGGCAUCAGAUGCCUCCUCCCCUCCUUUUCCGUUGACCCUCGUCCGGGGGUGAACCACAAGGACCCCAACGCCGUCACCCUCAUGCAGGAGUUCGCCGAGGUGGACUUUCCCAAGUGCGGCUUCAGCCUCGCCAAGUGGCAGCAAAACAUCCUUCAAGGACGUGCUGAGCCUUCACUGAAGCAGGAGGUGGCGCAGCUCUUCGGAGGAGGAAACGAGGAGCUCCUGGCAAUUCUACAGGACAUGCUGAUGCGAGGACCAGGGCAGCGGCCAACGCCCGAGCAGGCCCUCAGCAGGCUGAGGUAGAGCAGAAGACAGUGGGAGGAAGAGGAUGAGGAGGAGGAGGAGGAGCUAGAAAGUAGGGAGGGGGGGGGGGGGAGUUGAGCUACUAGAAGGAGGAAGGAGUCUUUCACUUCUUCUUCUUUGUCUUUGGAGGGCAUGCGGACCACAGCACAAGGUUUGCCUGCAGCCAGGACUCCUGCAUGGAAAGUGAGAGGGAGGAGGAAGCGCGUCGGUCAGCUCACCCACAGCUGGGGUUCGGACUUCCACAGCAGGCUGCGAAGCUUUUCCAUGUUGGAAUUAAAAGAUGACAAGUAGC